AUGUAUGUUGACAUAAUAAUCAAUGAUAGAUAUAUGUCUAUAUCUGCCACUAUAAACUUUAUCAUCCUUCAUCUUCAUCAACAUCAACAUCACACCAUUACAAACAUCAUUUCUCAAGAUUACAUAAAACACAAAAGUUUUCAACUCGACAGCUUGACAACAACGACAACAGCAAAAGCAAUGCAAACCGAGAGUAGAUACUUAGAAUAUCCAAUUAGUAAAAUUAAUAAUAAUAAUAAUAGUAAUGAAUAUUCAUUUUCAGAAGAUAGUAAACAAAUGUCAGCAAUUAAAUUGUUAAGUGAACAAUGUAUGUUGACUGAACCCAUUCCGAUAUCAUCUUCUUCACCGCCAGUUUCAUCACCUCCAACCUCCUCUAAUCUAUACAAUCUUUCACCUCCUUCUUCAUUCUCAUCGUCACCAACAUCAAACUCUUUGAAGUCGUCAUCAUCAACUUCAUCACUUUUAGCAUCGAUUCCCUCGAUUUCCUCUUUGACCUCUUCAAGAACAACACAGCCAAUGGUGAUAACCAACUUGACAAUAAGUUCACCUCAAUUAGUUGGAAAGAGUGGUGGUUUGGUUAAUAUCAACAAUAUCAACAAUAUCAACAAUAUCAACAACAACAAUGGUAUCAAUCAUCAUUAUCAUUCUAAACACCAACACCACCAUGGUGGUAAAUCAUCGAUUGAAUCAGAUGUGCAAUUGGAAUCAAAGAAGAGACCGAUCCAAUACAAUGAAAAACCAAAGGGUCGUCCAGCCAAAAAUCUCAAAGACUGGACCGAUUCACACAAGUUUAUUCUCGGUCUCAUAGAGAUCUACAGGAACGGCUCGAAAUACUCCAGUACCAAAGCAUUGCCAGUGGACACUGCCGUUCCAGAGUUGGUUCAACUCUACCUGGAGAAUCGUGAGUGUUUUGGUGGACUUCUCUGGGCCAAGACCAUCAACUUCCCGUUGCUGCCGUGUCUGUGGGUGCGCGACCUCACAGUCAUCCCGCCAUCGACCAAACUGCUGCCGUCGUUGCGUGUCGGCAAGAAGAUCGUUGUCCUCUUCUUUGGCAACCAAGACGAAUACGUUGGAAUCGUCGGAAAGAAGUCACUGUUUGCUUUUGACGAGGUCAACCAGACACUCCUCCUGAAGUGCUCGUCCGAACCACUCAGACAACUCGAGAUACUCUUUAGCGUGACCGAUCCACUCAUCGCCAACAAAAAAGAGAUACAAACAUUCGACUACAAAUCACAAAUCGAUGAAACCGAAGAGGGAUUAGCUGUAAAAGCAUCUCUUUAUUCUUCAACCAGUAAAUUAAUAUCAACAACAACAACAACAACAUCGACAUCAUCAACAACAACAACAACAUCACUUCAAUCUUUUCCAAUGUUAUCAACUUCGACAUCACCUUCCCAUUCCCAUUCCCAUUCCCCCUCCUCUUCAAAUUCCUCACCAACAAACUCGAAUAAUAAUAUAAUUUUGACACCUAUAACAACAUCGCCAUCAUCAAGUUUGAUGAACAACAAUGGAAUUAAAUCAAAUAUUAUACUGCCAUCUUUGUUUCCAUCGGCUUCUUCUCAGUCAUCUACAUCGACAUCACCACCACAGCACACAUCGACCAAAAGCGCAACAAGCAAACCAUCGUCGACCUCUAACCAUUUGGCAAACCUGACUUCACUUGGAAGUGAUGAUCAUUCCCCUCCACUACCACCAACGAAACAUCAUAAAUCACAUCAUCAAAAACAACCCUGUAUUCACUCAAACCUUUAUAAUAAUAAUAAUAAUGACAACAACAACAAUAAUAACAACAACAAUAAUAAUAAUAACACAACUCUACCUCAUAUAAUAGAGAAAUCUUUAUCAUCAUCUUCAUCAUCAACAACAUCUCCUUCUUCACCAUUGUCAUCAUCAACAUCAACAUCAUCAUUGUCACCAACAUCGACAUCGACAUCUGCAUCACCAACCCAGCCAAUAAUAAUGAGAAAGUAA